UGUCUAUGUCAAUGUUUGAGUGAUUUGUCUGCAAUAGUAAAUGUCAUUCUAGUAUUUUUUGAGCUCAAUAAUAUCAGGAUGGCAGAGAAUAGAGAGGAAAUUCUUGCAAAUUUUCAGGGAAUAACAGCCAUAGAAGAUGUUGCAGAAGCAAUAUAUCACCUGGAAGAAGCCAACUGGGACUUGCUUGCCGCCAUCAACCGAGUGAUGCCACAGGACGGCAGCAGCUCGUCGGCGCGCAACAACGACACGCACGACGUCGAGAUGAUCGACGACGAUAUAUCUGUGAUAACUCCAAAAACUCACCCACCUGAUCGGGAAGACAGCAAUCAAGCGUCGACCUCAUCGCCUAGAAAUAGUUCCACUGAUUUGCUAGAGUUCCAAGUUCACUUUAAUAAUAAGUUGCACGAUGUCAAAAUGUCCCCUGUGGCCACAGUUGGUGAUUUAAAAAAGCGUAUAGAGUCAGUAUGCGGCGUGCCCGUGUGCCGACAACAGAUCUCAGGGCUGGGCGGGUCUAAGGCCACGACGGGCGCACUGCUGGGCAACCUGGGGCUGCCUCGCAACGCCGUGCUGCGGCUCAAGGCCGCCGACCAGAUCAUGGCUGACGACGAGGUGGCCGAGAGACUGACAACCACAUACGUGCUGCACGUGAAGCACGACGACAAGGACUACACGCUCAAGUACCCCGGCACCAAGACCGUGCAGGAGGUCAAGAACGACAUCUACUCGCUCACAGACAUACCCGUGCGGCAUCAGUCGUGGACGGGCUGGCCGGCGGUGUCUGGGCUGGACGACACGGUGCUGGCGAUGGUGGGGCUGGAGCAGCCGCAACACACGCUGGCCGUGCGCCGCGCGCCGCACAACAAGCAGAAGGAGUACAAGCGGAUAAUAGUAGAAAGCUCAGACAGCGAGAACAGCUCCGUAGAAGAGGUUGAAGCCAGCGAUGGCUUCACUGGAGAGGAUGACAUGUUUGUUGACAUUGUGCAGUCGGAACGGCUACAGCCUCUCAUGUCGGAGCACGUGGAAGACGAGGCAUUAGGCUGCAUCGAGUUCGCGCAGCGCUUCAAAGCGCGCUACGGGCCCAACACGCCGAACUUCUUUGAAGGCACGCUGCAGGACGCCAUCAAGGAAGCCUGCCUCAAGCCCGCCAAAGAUAGGAAGCUGCUCGGCCUGUACCUCCACCACGAACAAUCAGUUCUAUCCAACGUGUUCUGCGCGCAGCUACUGGGCUGCGAGGCCGUGCUGCAGACGCUCGCUACCAACUUCGUCGUCUACGGCUGGGACCUCACGCACCCCGACAACAACGUUAUGCUGCUGAACUCCGUGUCGAACGCGCUGGGCGCGGUGGCCAGCAUGACGAUCCGCAGCAUCCCGGUGGAGCGCCUGCCCGCGCUCGUGCUCAUCAUGCGCGUGCGCUCCAACACGGAGAUAUACUCCGUCAUCAACGGCAACGUGGGCGUGUCAGAACUGGUAGGCGGUCUGAUGGAGGCGUUGGAACGAUUCGCGUCGCAGCGCGAUGAAGACGCGCGAAUGGAGCGCGAACGUGACGCGCGGCAGAAAGUCAAGCGCGAGCAGGACGAGGCUUACCAGCGCAGUCUUGAGGCCGACAGAGCAAAAGAAGAAAUAAAGAAACAACAAGAACUGGAAAGACAUCAGGAAUUGGAACGAGCGGAAUCAGAAAGACAAAUGGAAGAAGCGAGGAAAGAGGCGAUGCGGAGCAGCGCGGAGGCGCGCGUGCCUGCGGAGCCGGCGGCGGACGCGCGCGACGUGUGCCGCAUCCGCGUGCGCCUGCCGCCGCCGCACGAGCGCUGCCUCGAGCGCCGCUUCCACCCGCACGACACCGUCGCGGCGUUACUAGACUUCCUUGCAUCGAAAGGCUACCCACAAGAAAACUACAAAGUCAUAUCUAGCUGGCCUAGAAGAGACUUAACGACGGAAUCUCACAGCAGCACGUUAAAGGCCCUCAAACUGUACCCGCAAGAGACCGUGAUGCUGGAGGAGCGGUGAGCCCCCCGCGCGCCCCCACCCUCCCGGAGCCCGAUGGAGCCGUCGCCAGCACAUCGGCCUAUAACGACGCCCCGUGGAUUCUGAACCUUAUGUCUAAGAAGUAAGGCUCAUAAUGUACUGAGAUUCACGUAGCAGGUUGAAGCUGUCGACUGUACCAUUAUCUAAACGCAAUGACUCCAUAGACAGACGCAUGCAAAAGAACACCCACUGGUGAACAUUUUAUGUCAAGGUAAAGUCCGGUUGCCGAACACGUAGAAUUUCGUCCAAUGAAUCGCUCGCGCGUAAUUAUAUUGCUGUCGCGCUCACUGCGGCCGCCCGUCGCACAGUCGCGACAGUAAUAUGCGCGAGCGAUAAGGAUGGGUAGCUUGGGGUCAUUGGACGAAAUUCUAUCUUCUCGGUAACCGGACUUUAGACACCACAAUAACAUAACUGCAUAUAACUAGACAUAAUUAAAAUUAAUGCUGUCAAAUAUUGACAGUGGAUUACGACCCAUAUUGAUUAAGCAAUAAAGUUUGCGUCUGCUUGGAUUGAUGUUUUUAUUUAUACUUAUGGGGCGGGGCGUUUAUUCAUAAGUGAUAUCACACUACCAUUUGACAGCUGUUCACGCGGUUUGUUUUGAGUAUCAACUAAAGUGGAUCUCAGUGGCAUGUCUUUGUAAGGUACAGUCCACAGCACUAAACCUACCACAAAAUGAUAAAUUUUCCCAAUUGAUUUUAAACCUUACCAUGAAAGAUACAAAGUUCAACAUUCAAUGAGGAAAUUCAUUUUUAAGAUAGGUCGAUGUGCUAUCUACUGGACAUACUGCAGCUAAUAAUUUUCGUUCGUUGUGAUGUCCCAUGGCGUCUAUAUUGCGCGUCACGCGCCGUCGAGCUCUAUUAACGUGGUCGUUAUUCAUAAAGUGGGCGUGGCUAAGUUAAGCGAUCAGCUCUCGGAACUUUUAUCAUGUACCUUCAAAAAGUUUGUCUAUUUAGAAAUUGAAAAAUGAUUUGAGUUAACAACAACCAAUAGAAAUUGACUGUUAUAAUGUCGUUUUACUACAGAUCUAGCGCGCAUAUUGAUUAUGUGUCAGUGUUUUGUGGUAUGAGAGGGAAGGGGUGAUAUAUGACGUGACAGAGUAUGCACAUCUGAAGUCUCGCUGACGUUUGACGUCACAGAAACACCCUCUUACCGCUCCCACGCCUUAGGCACUGAUUGGAUUAAGCGCUAAUCCAACCCAAAUUAAAAACUGAAUGAAUACUGUCAUAUUUGUCUACAUGUUUGACAUUUCCUAAAUAGAUAAACUUCACAAAUUACUGCAUUUGUAUGCUUUAUGACAUGAGAUAUAAUACUAGACUACGCGCGAAUGUUAUGGUUUUCAAAUGAUCCUGUUCGUUUGAGAAAUAAAUAUUUAACGCGCAAUGUCUUCAUUUGAAUGUUUAAGCCGAAAAUAAUGUGUUGUUUCUUUAUUCGUGUCGUUGAUAACAUUGAAGUCACAGUUAUUGGUUCGUAAGAUUGUAGUCUGUGUUAUUCAAAGUUUAAUGUACUGUCAGAUGUAAAAAUUGCGUAUUCUAGUAAUAAUAAAAGAAAUGAUAUACUACUAUUAAAAAGAAACAACAAACAUGCUUAUUUCUGAUUUGUGAAGCAUUCGUAAUACCACGGAGGUGGCAAAGUAUUUUUACGAAAAACUUUUAUAACGGUACUUUGGGAUUGUCACUUCGUUUUCGCGAAUCCUUGAGUUGACAGUUUUAUCAAAAUUACUAGUUUUAAGAUCUAUAGAUUUUUCCUCAUAAUACAAAAUGUUUAGCCCAUUUCAUAUUUUGAGAACAAAAAAAUCAGACCCGAUUCCAACUUUAUUUUUAUUCUAGAAGAGAUAUUAAGAGGAAAAAUCAUAGAAAUAAAUAUCUUAAAUUAUCUUAAACCUAAAAUAUUGUGAAAGCUAAUCAGAUGUAUAAUUUUAGUAGUGUUUUAGUACAGUCAUAAUAAAAUCAACUUUAUUCAGAUAUCAAAAAUAUUGUUUUUAAGGCCAGUAUCACUGCGCACGUUUCUCUAAAGUUAUUCCAUAAAAAAAUUAAGUUAAAUGUGUGCAUAAAACUCGUUUGAGAUUAAUCAAUACUACAAAAAAAACAUUAAUAAAUAUGUGCAAUUCGCUGAUGAUGAAGAUAAGUUCAAAAGUAAAGAUAAAAUUAAGCCAAGUUCCUAACAAUUCAGCAAUAGCAAAGUUGCUUCGGCAUACAAAUCCAGGGCGCACCAAAAUAAGUUGUAAUGAACAAUUACUGUGGAACGUAAACAAAAUUAAAUACCUAUAGUUCUCGCGCGAUUGAAUGCAGACUUUUAGGAACAUUUUGCUUCUAGCGCUCCGCAUUCAACUCUCGCGCGGAGUAAGACUGAAAAUACACCCGACACUGCUUGUGUUGCGAUUCUAUAAAAAUAGCAUGCACUAAUAUACCUGUGAUGAAACUAAGCCUUUUGUCAAAUGAAAAUUAAUAUCAAUUAACUAGUACAGUAGUGUUACCUACACAUUAUACUUGACCGAAACAUUGUUAUUUGCAUAAGAUAUUUACUUAACGCAAACUGGAACCAGAAUAACGUAGUUAGUAGUAGUUAUAUGAAAAAUAGAUUUGCUUUUAUUUAUAUAAACAUUUAGUAAACAACAUUGCCAAGUCGAGUUGUACAAGUCAGUCGCUACUAGUGGUACAGUGAGGAACAUAUGAACUAACUGUAAUUAAUGAUUUUGGGGUGAGGUCUUCGCGUGUUUCUCACUGUACAAGCAUAUUUAUAUGUACGAGCUAUUUGAAUUGAAGUUAUUGAUCAUUAUUUUUGAUCUUUGUAAUUUUUCACGAUCCGCAAGAGAUUGUAACAAUAAUGCGAGGAGUUAUGUACCCAAUUAAAUAUCUGAUGAAAGAUA